AUUAAUGAUCUUCGUUGAACUAUUUCUGAAAAGUCUAUAUAUUAAUGAAACCUUUUCUUCUUCUUUACACUCACCUCACCAACAACUGUUCCGGUCAAAUCUCCACCUCCACCAAAUCCUUGCCCGAAAAGAUUCCUGACUAGAACAAUUGUUCAGUUUCAGUUUCAGGUGCUUAUAGUUUUUGGCUUAAAUGGAGUGUUUAAAGGCACCUUGUAAGGGAAUUGUGAAUGAUAUAAGAGGAAGAUCACAAUGUUAUAAGGAUGAUUGGACUUGUGCUUUCCGUUCUGGUAUUGGGAUAUUGGCUCCAACUACCUAUAUUUUCUUUGCUUCUGCUUUACCUGUUAUUGCCUUUGGUGAACAGCUGAGUAGAGACACAGGUUCUUCUUCUGCUUCUUCUGCAUCUUUAUUCAUUAUUAUUACUCAAAAGAUGCUUCUUAGAAUGACGCUAUUAUUGUUUAUUUUGUUGGUAGAUGGAAGAUUGAGCACAGUAGAAACACUAGCUUCAACAGCCAUAUGUGGAAUCAUACAUUCAAUCAUUGGAGGCCAACCACUGCUUAUUGUAGGAGUCGCAGAACCAACCAUCAUCAUGUAUACCUAUUUGUAUAACUUUGCCAAAAAUAGAGAUGGCUUGGGACAAGAACUCUUUUUGGCUUGGGCUGGAUGGGUUUGUGUAUGGACUUCACUCUUGCUUUUUCUCCUAGCAAUAUUCAAUGCUGGUAAUAUCAUCAACAGAUUUACAAGGGUUGCUGAAGAGCUUUUUGGCAUGUUGAUUUCAGUCUUGUUCAUUCAAGAGGCUAUUAAGGGAAUGAUGAAGGAGUUUAGUGUUCCUAAAAGUGAAAACUCAAAAUUAGAGCACUACCAAUUUCACUGGCUUUAUGUGAAUGGCUUAUUAGGUGUUAUAUUCACAUUUGGUCUUCUCUAUACAGCAUUGAAGAGUAGAAGAGCAAGAUCAUGGUUAUAUGGGACAGGGUGGUUGAGAAGCUUUAUUGCAGACUAUGGUGUGCCUUUCUUGGUUGUAGUAUGGACAGUUGUGUCAUUCUCAGGGCCAAGAGAAAUACCUUCUGAAAUUCCAAGAAGACUAGUUGCUCCUCUUGCUUGGGAAUCUACAUCUUUACACCAUUGGACAGUUAGCAAAGACAUGGGGAAGGUUUCUCCAACAUAUAUCUUUGCUGCUUUGAUUCCUGCAUUGAUGGUAGCAGGACUUUACUUCUUUGAUCAUAGUGUUGCUUCUGGGCUGGCACAACAGAAGGAAUUCAAUCUCAAGAAACCUUCUGCAUAUCAUUACGACAUUUUCUUACUCGGAUUCAUGACUUUGCUUUGUGGACUACUUGGCUUACCACCUUCAAAUGGUGUUCUUCCUCAAUCCCCUAUGCACACCAAAAGCCUUGCAGUUCUCAAGGGUCGGAUGAUCAGAAGAAAGAUGGUUGAAAGUGCGAAAGAAAGCAUAAGAAAGAAAGCUAGUAACACCGAAAUAUACGGAAAGAUGCAAGCAGUGUUUGUAGAAAUGGACAGCAGCAGCCAUGCUACUUCUGUGGAAAGAGAACUAGAGAACUUAAAAGAGGUUGUUCUAAAAGGCGAAGAUAAAGGAGACAACAAAAAGGAUACAUUUGACCCUGACAAGCAUAUUGAUGCAUAUUUGCCUGUUAGAGUAAAUGAGCAGAGGAUCAGCAAUCUUUUACAAUCACUCUUUGUUGGAGCAUCAGUUUUUGCCAUGCCUGUCAUAAAAAAGAUUCCAACUUCGGUUUUAUGGGGAUACUUUGCAUACAUGGCCAUUGAUAGUCUUCCUGGUAACCAAUUCUGGGAAAGGAUACUACUUCUCUUCGUAACACCUAGUAGAUGGUUCAAGUUAUUGGAGGGCCAUCAUGCUUCCUUUGUGGAAUCAGUACCAAUUAGAAGCAUAGUCUUCUUCACAAUAUUGCAAUGUGUGUAUUUCUUGGUUUGUUUUGGAGUGACAUGGAUUCCAGUAGCUGGAAUAUUGUUCCCUUUGCCUUUCUUUUUACUGAUCUUGGUGAGGCAAUAUAUUCUCCCCAAGCUGUUUAGCCUUCAUCACCUAAGAGAACUUGAUGCAGCUGAAUAUGAGGAAAUUGUUGGUGCUCCGAGACUCUCGAUGGAUUCACCUAGUGUUGGAUCAAGGGAAUUGUCUGAUAGUGAAAUAUUAGAUGAAUUGACUACUAGAAGAGGAGAGUUGAAGGUCAGAACUCUAAGCUUUAGAGAGGAAAGACAUGGUCAAGUGAUCUAUCCUGAUGAAAUAGCAUGUGAAAAUGAAUCAUCAAAGAGUUAAAGACUUAUGGAGAAAGUAUAGUUAGUGGUCACUAUUCACUAUCUAUAGAAGAAAAGAGAAGAUAUCAAUAAAUGUCAAUUGGUAGAAUAUUUGUAUUUUUCUUUAUGUGGAUUGAAUUUGCUACCUAGAUAUAGUAAAGAUGACUUAAAUAUUUAAAGUGUAUUGUGUAAUAUUGGAUUGAAGUAUUUGGAUAAAACUCUAGUUUCGAUA